UGGAUCUUUGUGACCCGCAGGUGGGAAAAAAAGAGUCCAGGCCUCUGUGACUUAAAUCUACUCUAUGUCGGCGACGGCUGGUUCUUUGCAAAUCUUUAGACGAUAUCUGCAGCCGUUUUCUAACCGAUGGCAAAUUUACUCGACUUGAAAAUCUAAUUGUAUCCGAACAAUUGCCAUCUCUAGUUCAACCAGCAUUUGACAUCUCUGGUUCGGUUACAAACUAGAAUGCCGAUGUAUGUCAGUUGACCAGAAGAAGGGCCGUACAUAAUAAGCGCGUUCCUUUACUCUGGAGUGGAACGGACUGAGCAUGGUUUGAAGCUUCUAACUCUGUGGAAGAAGUCCCCAACUCCAAAAAACUGGAAAAUCUGAUCUCCCACUUGCCCACCCAAGCGCUCCGCCAUUGCUGCAAGCGAUGACCUUUCUUACAAUAGAAGGUGGUGAACAAUAUGAGGCAGCCUGUAACAACCUUCCGUUACAAUGCUAUUAUCAGAAACCAUCUUAGAACCAGUAGAGCUGACCAAGCUCUGCAGCACUAUUUUUUUAUGAGACAAGAUGGCCUCCUUCCAGAUAAUUUCACCAUUUCUUCACUGUUAAAGCUCUGCUCUAGUCUGGAUGCCGGUAUGUGCAACUGUAAACUGAUCCAUGCGUUUGCUAUCCGUUCUGGCUAUCAGCAAGAUGUCUUUGUUAGCACUGGCUUGGUGGAGUUGUAUCUCAGCUACGGCGACCACGAAGCCGCGCACCAGUUGUUUGCUGAAAUUGAUAAAAGGGAUGUUAUCUCAUGGACAUCAAUGAUUUCUGGGUUAAAUCGUAAUUCACUUGGACUUGAGUCUCUUGAGCUAUUUAGACGGAUGGUGAAAGAAGGAGUGAAGCCAAAUCAGGCAACACUAGCUGGUGUCCUUUCUGCAUGUAAGCAACUAAUGCAGCAUAAGCUUGGCAAAUCAAUUCAUGGAAUUUUGAUUAGGUCCAGGCUUGCGAGGGAUGUCGUGAUUGAAACUGCUCUAGUGGACGUGUAUGCGAAGUGCAGGAACUUGAACUAUGCUCAGCGAGUCUUCGACAGGAUGAGCGAAAGGAAUAUGGUGUCAUGGACCAUUAUAGUUUCAGCUUAUACCACAGAGGGGCUGCCACAAACUGCAAUCCAGAUGUUCAGGCAGAUGCUUAAGGAGGGAACUGAAGCACUUAACUUGGAAAGGCUUGCACCUGUUCUGCAAGCAUGUGCAGAAGCUGCACAUCUGCAAUAUGGUAGGGAAAUCCAUGGGAGACUGUUCAAAAUUCAAGAUGGGGAGGUUAAAGUCAAGUUGAUAAACGCUCUAAUCGACAUGUAUGUCGAGAGUAGCAAGCUAGACUACGCUUUCUCAUUAUUUAGAAGAAUGGCUGUAAGAAAUGUGGUAACGUGGACAACCAUGAUUAAAGGUUAUGGGAUGCAUGGUCUGAGCGAGAAAGCAUUGGAGACGUUUGAAUUGAUGUUGGAGUCUGGAAUAAAGCCAGAUGGUGUUACAUUCACGGCGGUUCUCUCGUCAUGCAGCCAUGCAGGGUUGGUUGAAGAAGGACUAAAGCAGUUUCGGUCCAUGCAACGAGACUAUGAUAUUACACCAAAUAUGCGACAUUUUGCUUCCAUAGUAGACAUUUUUGGUCGUGCUGGUCGUCUCAAGGAAGCUUAUGACUUUAUAAGAUGUAUGCCAAUAGAACCAUCUGAGAUGGUCUGGACAGCACUCCUCGCAGCUUGCAGGAGACACAAGAACUUGGAAUUAGGUGAAUUUUCAGCGGCAGAAGCUCUCCGAUUCAACCAACAUAAUGCAGGCAUUUACAUACUUCUAUCACACAUUUAUGCAGAUUUGGGUCGAUGGGAGGAUGUUUCUAGAGUAAGGUUACUGAUGAAGAAGUUAAGGCUGAAAACAAAUACAGCAUGCAGCUGGGUGGAAAUAAAGGGGAAGGUCUAUAAGUUCAGAGUCUCUGACAACUCGCAGCCCUUUUCAGAUGAGCUCAAAAAAUUUCUGGACAAGUUAUUAAAGAAGAUGGAGGCAACUGGGUACAUGAGGAGUACAUCAGGCGUGAGUCAUGAUACUAAUGAGCAGGAAAAGAUGCAAACGCUAUGUGGACAUUGUGAGAAGUUGGCACUUGCUUUUGCAUUGAACUUUCGCGUACAUGAGGUGCCCUUGCGAAUCAGCAAGAAUCUCCGUGUCUGUGAAGACUGUCAUGAGUUUUUCAAGUUUGUGUCACAAACUUUUAAUCAGGAAAUCUUUCUCAAAGAUCCAAAUCGCUGUCAUCAUUUCACACAAGGAUCAUGUUCAUGUGGUGAUUACUGGUGAAGCAUUGAAUACUUUCUUGUAAUUAUAUUCUUCUUUCUCAUGCUUGCCCCUCUCAAAAGACUUUGAAACGGUUGGAUAUAGAGAAUUUGAAAUGGUUGGACAUAGAUAUUGAUAGUGGUUGCAUAUAGGAAACAGGCUACCUACAUUUAGUUUGGAAAGUUGCACUUGGAGCUAGAGAGGACAUCGGUGGUGGGCCUGGUGGCAUAAUGUCUGCAGGACAGUGGAAGCAAGAUGUACAUUUCAUGAUGUUGAUACAGUGAUCUGAAAAUUGAGAAAUUCUCUCUCUCUAUCUCUCUCUCGUUCGCCUUGUUCAUAAUUAAAAAUGCUCUUUAGUGAAUAGAUCAAGACACCAGAAAGAUGAAGAUACAAGAAACUGACACACUUUUCGUCUCUUU